UCCAAAAAGUGAUGGAAAAAUGCAUCAUCUGCCAGUCAUCAAUACCACUGUGUGAAUUGGCAAAUCAUAUUGAUGAGUGUAAACAAGAAACAUCAAGGAACAAUGAAGAGGACAUGGAUGAGGAGUUAGCCAUGGCUAUACAACAGUCUUUACAUGAGAUGACAACUGUGCAACAGCAGGAUGGAACAUCUUUGGGCGUAAUGACACUUGUGAUAAAUGAGCAAAGCGAGGCCCAAGAACAGAAUCCCACAAUUGAGGUGGAAGCUGUUGUUGCACCUGAGCCCGUUCUAAGUGUUCAAAGCCACAUCUGGGAGCAAGAGGACAUAGUUGAACAAGGCAUGGAAAAUGAUGGGAUAAUCAGGUCUCCCGAUUCUGAUUUAAGGACUGUCCUGGAAGACCUACAAAAAGGUGUUCAGAGUGGUUCUGCGCCGAUCCACAACUCUCUUAAUGUGUGCAGAGAUUUCAUAAUGGAAGGUUCAUUUAGAGCUUUUCGCCGUACACGCUUCAACCCCCUUCAUCAACUGACAGUAACAUUUGUGGAUGUCGAGGGAGAAAACGAGGGGGCUGUAGAUGACGGUGGUCCCAGCAGAGAGUUCUUGCGGCUCCUUGUAGCAGCGCUGCGAGACAGCCGAUACUUUGAAGGGCCUGAGGACAGAAAAAAUCUUUCCCUUGUAUCCCGGGGUCUACAGUUUGGGGAUUAUAAAAUAAUAGGGCAAAUGCUAUCCUUAGCCCUUCUCCAAGGAGGAGUACAGCCCUCUUUUUUCUCGACAAGACUGUAUUCCCUGUUGUGUGGGCAACAAACAGGCCCAGUCUCUUUGGAAGAAGUUGGUGACUGGGAACUGCGCCAGCACCUUGAGAAAAUCAAAGCUGCAGAAAACUUGGAGGAAGCCCAGCAGGCUGUUGAGGAAGCCUCGCCAUUACUGUGUCCCCUGGGUUGUGCAGGGUUUCUUCCUGACUUGGAGAGCCAGCAUACUCUCGUAGAGCAGGCAGCGAGGGCCCAUGUUGAAGGUCGCAUUAAACCUGCACUGGACCAGCUCGUAGAGGGACUGGAUUGCCUGAAGGUGGCAGAGGCAAUGAGGAACCAUCCUGAGAUCCUUCGCCCUAUCUUUGUCUCUGGACACAACCAGCUAACCGUCCAGAACAUGAUUAGUCUUUUUGACACCGUCUUCUCCCCACCUGGCAGCAAUGCCCGACGAGCUGAAAAUCGGACACUAAUGUUUUGGAGGGACUGGCUUAUUGAAGUAGGCGGAAAAGAUGAAAACACGAAACAAGUCAUCUCUGAUAUCAUCGGAAAGAUCGCACCACACUGGAGGGAGAAGAUAGAUUUCAUCCUAGAUUCUGUGUACCGACUGAGACCAAACAACACCAACCGCCCUCAUCAGAUCAUCCUGCAGUUCACAGGACGCCACUUCAGGGAUGAACUCUGGAGGAUCACCAAACUUCACCCCGUCUGCAAGGAGCUGAACAUCCGUCUGGCAGAAUAUGUCACCAGGGAGGCACGGAGGGCUGUGUGGCCCAAAGUGGAACAAGCAAGGAAAGCAGGACUAAAGACGGUGUUCCGAGGCCCCCAUGGUCAAAGAGUCUCACCAUAG